GAGCACCUGGGAACAUGGCCCUGCGAGAGAGAGAAAUCAGCAGCAGCUCCAUCAAUGACAAGCAAGAACAGAACUCUAGUCGUGUUAUUACAAUUGUCUUCCUGGCGCUCUUCAUCGACUUGUUGGGAUUUGCUCUCAUCUUGCCACUGUUUCCUUCCAUCCUUGAUUAUUACAGCCAGACUGAGGAUGGAUUCUAUUUGUCAUUGCAACAUGGUGUGGACUGGUUUGCAGUGAUGGUUGGGAUGCCUCCGGAGCGGAAAUACAACAGCGUGUUGUUUGGAGGUCUGAUUGGCUCAAUCUUUUCCAUCCUACAGUUUUUUUCCUCUCCCCUCACCGGUGCUGUCUCGGACUGCUUGGGCAGAAGGCCUGUCAUCUUGAUGACAGUGAUGGGUUUGAUAACAUCAUACGCGCUAUGGGCUGCCUCUAGGACUUUCGGCGUUUUUCUUCUCUCCAGGAUCAUAGGUGGAAUAAGCAAAGGGAAUGUCAGCCUCUCCACAGCUAUAAUUGCUGACUUACACUCUCCAAAAGCACGGAGCAAAGGCAUGGCAAUGAUCGGCGUUGCUUUCUCCCUUGGUUUUACUCUGGGUCCCGUGAUCGGAGCAUACCUGGCCAUGGAGCCAGAGAAAGGAGAAGUUUUCUAUCUUCGUUCAGCAUUAUUAGCACUCAUGUUUGCUGUGGCUGAUUUAAUUUUCAUCUUCUUCCUACUUCCAGAGACACUUCCCAAGGAAAAACGGGUCUCUUCUGUGAUGUCUGGAUUUCAAGCAGCAGUUGACUUGCUCAGUCCUUUAGCUUUAUUUCAGUUCUCUGCAGUCACCAGAGGAAAACAAUCUCCUUCAGAGGAGAAUCUUCAGAAUCUCAAAAUCUUCGGCCUGGUUUAUUUCCUGUACCUCUUCCUGUUUUCCGGCUUGGAGUAUACGCUGAGUUUUCUCACUCACCAGAGAUUCCCAUUUUCUAGCAUGCAGCAGGGCAAGAUGUUUUUCUUUAUUGGAAUAACAAUGGCUGUGAUCCAGGGAGGCUAUGCUCGACGAAUCAAGCCAGGAAAUGAAAUCAGAGCUGUAAAAAAGGGUAUUAUGUUGCUGAUUCCAGCUUUCUUGUUAAUUGGAUGGGCUGCAAAUGUGACCAUGCUGAGCGUCGGACUGUUGCUGUACUCUUUUGCUGCAGCCAUUGUUAUCCCAUGUUUGUCAGCAGUGGUGUCAGGCUAUGGCUCUGCUGGCCAGAAGGGACGAGUCAUGGGGAUCCUGAGGAGCCUGGGCGCCCUUGCCAGAGCCCUGGGACCCAUCCUGUCAGCUACGGUUUACUGGCUGGCAGGGGCAGAGGUUUGCUUCACUGUCUGUGGAGCGUUGUUCCUCAUCCCCUUCGUUUUACUUGGCUGUACAAAACAGCAGCCAAAGGACAAGUAG